AUGGCGGCCCCGGCGAGCGGCGCGGCGGCGCGGGGCGGCGGCGCCCCCAGCUUCCAGCGGAAGGCGGCGGCCGGCGGCAGCCGCCUGGCCGCCAUUGCGGGCACGCGGCCUGCCGUCCGCCACGGGCAGCUGCUGCUCUCCAGCGGGCUCCCCUCCCUGGACUGUGUGCUAGGUGGAGGCUUAGCUGUUGGAACCCUUCUCCUCAUUGAGGAAGAUAAAUAUGGUGUUUACUCCAAUUUGUUGUUCAAGUAUUUUCUCGCAGAGGGAGUUGUCUGUGGACAUGACUUGUUUGUUGCUUCUGCUAAAGAGCUUCCUACCAACAUCUUAAAGGAGCUUCCAGCCCCUUUGCUUGAUGAUGAGUACAGAAACGAAUUGGGAGAAGAAGCAACACCUGUUAAGUCUGAAGAUUUUCAGAAUUCUAUGAAAAUAGCCUGGCGCUACCAAAAUUUACCAAAAAUGGAGGUCAGCCCAGCAACAUCUGCGAGGUUUGGCCAUUAUUAUGAUGUUUCUAAAACAAUGUCUUCAGAACUGCUUCAGUCCAUAAAAUGUCACAGUUUUUUCCUUCCUGAAGAAUUAUCUUUACAGCCUACAAUAAAAAUGUGUAAUAUGAACUGUGGUUAUGCAAGACUGCUUCAGUCCAUUCAGAAGGUCAUUUAUCAGGAAGGAUUUGAUGGCUCUCAUCCCCAGAAAAAACAGAAAAAUAUUUUGCGGAUAGGAAUUCAGAGUCUGGGUGCCAUAUUGUGGGGUGAUGACAUUUGUAGCACUGAUAAUCCCGAAGACAUUCAUAGCAUUACGAAAUUUCUCUAUGUUCUCCGUGGCCUUCUCAGAAAAUCUUUGUCAGCCUGCGUCAUCACAGUGCCUGCUCAUCUUAUCCAGAAUAAAGCAAUUAUGGAACGUGUAACAAACUUGUCAGAUGUGGUAGUUGGUCUUGAAUCAUUUAUUGGCUCUGAGAGGGAAACCAAUCCAUUAUACAAGGAUUACCACGGUUUGAUUCACGUACAUCAGAUUCCUCGGCUUAAUAGCUUGAUCUGUGAUGUGUCAGACACGAAGGACCUUGCUUUUAGAUUAAAAAGGAAGCUGUUCACCAUUGAGCGACUGCAUUUGCCUCCAGACUUGUCAGACACAGUGAGCCGCUCAAGCAAACAGGAUCUGGCAGAAUCCGCCAAACUGCUGAGCUCAGGAUGUGGUGCGAUGGCCAUCGGCAAGAAGCACCUGGACUUCUAGUGAUUUCUACUUAGCAGUUUCACUCAGAUUUAUGUGACACUCUAAUUAUAAGUGUUAAUGACUUAUAUAAAUAUUUUUCUUAAUGAUUUGACCCAGCAGUCCUUAAAAAUACACAUUAUCGUAUGGUGCCUCGUUUUUUUGUUCUGAUUUCUUUGUGCUAAUUUUUGGCUUGUUUGGGUUUUGCUUCUUGUUAAUGCUUCUGUUACUUUGGGUCCUGCCAUUGUUCUGCUCUAUUGGAAGUGUACAGGAUUUUGUUCUUUUCCUUAAAAUAUGAAAAUUACUUUUAUUUUUUCAUUUCUAGGUGUUCUAUAAAAUAAAACUGAAGGGAUAUUUUUCCCAACGGAAUUUUCAUAUAUUUAAUGUUUUGUAUGAAUAGUAAGUUAAGUGGGAGUGUUUAUUGAAAUAAAUGAAUGAAACUAAGGAAUUCAUUGUCACAUGUUACUCCAAAAGCAAACUGCACAAUUACUGUUUUUAAAAGCAUUCAUU